AUGAUACCUUUCCUCGAACCUCCGAUCGGUAGUCCCAGUCAACCAAACUCAGAUCAACAUAACAUGCAGCUUUUGAAUGACGGAGCAGGUGACAACAAGAAGAAUGAAAAAUCACAUGGAAUACAGACGGAAGAUAGUAACGAGAAGCAGCAAGAUCAAUUAGAAUAUGAGGAAAAUCCCAACUCAUCACAGUCGCAACGACAGAUCAUGCAAUCAGAUCGUGAAGACAAUUCAAUACGGCGUACCCAAUUCAAUAGCCACUCACAUCCAGUGCUAUUCGGGCGUGAGAAUGUGUUUUCGCCGAACGAAAUAGGAAUAACGAGAACGAAGCCGAAGAUCGAGACGGAGAUGGAGUUACACCAACUUCAAGAUAUACCUUCUCAUCGAUCAAAAAUGGAUAUUCCAAGUGCUUUACUGAAUUUACCACCUCCUUUACCGUUUCACUUGAGUGUGAAGGGAUUGACCAUCGGUAUUCCAGAUAAGAAAGUUUCGUCGUGGAUACCCAAGUUCUUCAAGAAGGGUAAAGAAGAGACACCGUUACCUGCUAUAGGAGAGGAAAGGAAAAAGAAAUGGAUAUUGAAAGAUGUUGGGUGUGAUUGUCGUAGUGGUGAAGUAUUAGCUAUCCUUGGUGGAUCGGGGUCAGGUAAAACAACGUUGUUGAACGCAAUAGCAAACCGGUUAUCUGGUCUUCCUACCGAAUCAGGUGAAGUAGCUUAUUAUUCAGCUACAUCACAUACGAACACAGCAGAAACAGUAGUCACUGGUCAGAAACUCAGUAGGAAUGAGGUCAAACGGAGGAUAGGAUUCGUCAGACAACAGGAUUAUCUAGUUGAAUGUUUGACUGUUCGAGAAACAUUGACAUAUGCUGCCAAACUUCGACUUCCUACAUCUUUAUCAAAUGAGGCGAUCACCCAUAUUGUUGAUCAGACAAUUGAUGAGUUGGGUUUGAGAGAUGCAGCUGAUACUGUUGUCGGUGGACCGCUGAGGAAAGGUAUCUCGGGAGGAGAGAAAAGACGAUUAUCGAUAGGUUGUGUAUUGGUCACAUUGCCAAGCGUAUUGAUUCUCGAUGAACCGACAUCUGGUCUUGACGCUUUUACUUCCUAUCUACUUUUGCUCACCCUGUCACACCUUGCUCGUCGAGGGAGAACUAUCAUACUCUCGAUUCACGCGCCCAGAUCCGAUGCCUUCGAUAUCUUCGAUCGCAUAGCUCUAUUAUCGAAAGGAGAGAUCGUCUAUUCAGGUCUGAGAAGUGAUUGUUUAGGUUGGUUCAAAGGUUUAGGAGAAGAACUUGAGAAAGGUGUCAAUCCACUUGAUUUCCUCAUCGACAUUUCUACAGUGGAUAAUCGUACUCCAGAAGCAGAAGAGACUUCUCGAGCACGAGUGAAAGCUUUAGUCAAUUCUUGGAAAUCCCGCUCAUCGUCAAAUUGGGCCAAUAGAUUAUCGAAAACUUCAGUAGAUUCGUCCGUCCCAUCGAUACUUGCCAACGAAGCAAAUCACCCUCGGGUUAAUGAGGAAUCAAUCUCACCUGUAGAUGCGAGAGACGAGAGAAGACCAGGAUUAUGGAAACAGACUAUGGUACUUACCGCAAGAGCACAUAGGAAUGUGUACAGGAAUAUUCCUCAAUUAGUUGGAUUUGCUGUUCAAGCUGUUUUGUUGGGUGUGAUCAUUGGUAUUACCUAUUAUAGGUUACCUGAGACACCAACAGGAGUUCAAAGUCUGAAAAAUCUGAGUUUCCAACUGAUCCCUGGAGUGUUCUACCUACAACAAGUGUUCUGGAUUUACAAGUUCUGCACUGACUUGGUCAUCUUCGAUCGUGAAAGAGAGGACGUUACACCAUAUAUAAUAUCGGACUUCUUCUCUUACCUUGUUCCGAGUGUAUUAUCACCUACUAUCUACGUAUUAUUGGUCUACUUCAUUUCGAGGUUGCGAACAGACGAACUUGCUGCUCGGCUCUUCACUUCCAUCGCUUCUACUAUUCUUGUACAAUUUGCGACUCAAGGACUAUCCCUUCUUUCGGCAUCCCUUUUACGAUCGUUUUCUGCUGCGUCUCUAGUUGGCAACGCUUUCAACUUAUUCAUGAUUAUGAGUUCAGGAUUCAUCGUCACACAUGUACCCGCAUAUGUAGCUUGGAUCAGAUGGCUCAGUCCAUACUUUUACUCUUUCCGUAUCAUCGCUACCACCCAAUUCAAAGAUCGAGUCUUCAAUUGUCCGCCAGAUUCAGCGGCUAAUCUGAAUCAAUGUCUCGGUAACAAUGUCCUGAAUGGCCUGAAUUUCGACGCAUCAGUCAACAUCGGCGCAUGGUUCGGAGGUUUGAUUGGAGUGACUUUCAUGGAAUAUGCUUUGGCUUGCUUUGUCCUCUGGAUAUAUCCAGCUGGAGGCGUAAAGCAUGCUUCUGAAAUUGAAAGCCAUAAUAGAGGUAAAGGAAGUGACGUGAUGGAAAGUAACAUGACAAGAGACAAGAUCGAUGUUGCUGUGAGGAACCUUACUUUAACAUGGGAGAGGAAAGGUCGCGGAGCAGUCAAGGAUAAGCAAAAGACGAUUCUCAACGAUGUGUCCAUUCAUUUCCCUGCUGGAGAAAUAUCUGCCAUACUAGGACCAUCAGGUGCUGGUAAAUCAACCCUCCUCCAGCUGUUAGCUGGGCGAUCACUCAAUCCAGGCCCCUUAUCGCGCUUUACACACUCUGGAUCUUUGUUAUUCGCCGGCCAACCAUCAUCACACGCAACUCAAUCGAAUGUAGCAUUUGUAGAACAAGACGAUGAUUGGCAUCUCCCUUCUUUGACAGUCAGAGAGACUUUAACCUAUGCUGCUAUAUUGAGAUUACCAGAUAAGAUGCCUAAAAGACAGAAAGUAGCCAGAGCAGAAACUGUUUUAAGGAUGUUGGGAUUGAAAGAUUGUGCGGAUUUACCUGUUGGCGGUCAAUUGUUAAAAGGUAUCAGUGGUGGUGAAAAGCGAAGAUUGAGUUUGGCUGUUCAGAUGAUCAAUGACCCUGCUGUACUGGUCGUUGAUGAACCAACAUCGGGUCUCGAUGCAAGUAUAGCUCUAAGUGUCAUGCAGGUUUUGAGAGAUAUAGCCGCCACAGGUCGGACAGUGAUCGCUACGAUCCAUCAGCCCCGCAGUGAUAUCUGGAAACUAGCAGAUAACGUUACUCUUCUUGCCAAAGGGGGUGUAGUUGCUUUCAACGGAAGACAAUCAGAAGCAGUGGAAUAUUUCACUUCAAUCGGACAUCCUAUGCCAUCCGAGUUUUUCAACCCAGCGGAUCAUCUCUUGGAUUUAGUAUCAGUUGAUCCUCGUCCUCAAGGUUACGAAUCAUCUUUAACCAGAGUAAAAGGACUGACAUCUCGCUGGUCAACCAAAACAAACAAAGAACACGGCGAAGAGAAAGAGAAAGAGACAGGAUAUAAUGUCUUGACAAGAGGUGGAGGAACAACUUCCAUGAAAGUGGCGUUACCUGUCGUACUUGAAAGACAUUGGAAAAACCUUUGGAGGAGAAAAGAUGUUUUCUUCAAUAGAUUAGUACAAACACCUUUGCUUGGGGGACUGUUUAUACUAUUCUUCCAGAGACUGAACCAUGGUCCAUCUGGCGCGCAAGAUCGUAUAGGUAUAACUAUCGAAUCCACAUCAGCUAUUGCCUUUGUCGGUUUGCUCAAUGCAAUGGCAAUUUUCCCUGCGGAUAGAAAUCUAUAUCUACAUGAAGCUAAAUCAAGUGCAAGGUAUUCACCAGCAACGUUCAUGAUCACUUAUACAUUGGUGGAACUGGGAUUUGAAUUAGCCGGAGCUUUCGCUUAUGCUGCAAUCAUGAAUGUCGGAGUUGGAAUGCAAACAUCUGUCAGAAUUUACUUUGAAUUUGCAAUCACCAUUUGGGCCAUGGUGAAUAUGGGUGAAAGUUUCGCUAUGAUUUUUGGCAGUUGGAUCCAGACGGAAGGAUUGACUGUUACUGUUGUAUCUACUAUCUUAUCAAUGGUAGGUCAGGUUAGCGGAGUAAUUUCGUUAAGUGUGCCUACUUGGCUAGCAGGUCUGGCCUGGGGAACCUGCGUCAAAGCCGCGACUCGCGUACAGAUAAUCAACGAAUCCGUCGGACUAGUAUUCAACUGUACGCAAGAUCAAAUUUCAUCGGGGGCUUGUGUGGCUCAGAGCGGUGAUCAACUACUUGCGUUGUUCGGAUGGAACGACCUUGACACCGCUCGAUUUAUGGGUAUCAUGAUUGCUAUUGCUAUAGCCUGGAGAAUCAUGGCUUGGUUAAGUCUUGCAGGUAGAGUGGGAGGUAUCCGAUAG